AUGAAAGGCCUCUACCAGGCGGCUGGCAGGACCCUGGUUCCUCUGGGGGGCCUCAGCAUCUUCUCUGGGUCCAUCGCCUUCUUCCCCGUCUUUUCCUGCAAGCUUUGGUACGCAGGAUGGAGCGUUUGGAUUGCCUGUCCCAUCUGGAACGGGGCUUUGGCUGUCACAGCUGGAUCACUUGUGCUGCUGGCUCACAGAGAGUGGGCCCAGAGAUACUUGUGGGAAGCCGCUUUCACCUUUAUAAUUCUGAAUCUUCUGGGAUGUCCGCUUCAUUUCGCAAUAGCCUUGCAGUCUGCCCUCCUUGGUCCCUAUUGCUUCUAUUCCUUCUCAGGGACUGUGGGGACCAAUUACCUGGGUUACGCGGUUACCUUUCCUUUUCCGUACACGAAGUUCCCGUCGGUCUGUGUGGACCCGCUCCAUUAUGAAGAGUACCACCUGACCCUUCAGGCCCUGGACCUGUGCCUGAGCCUCAGCCUGUUCUGUGUGUCCCUGACAGUGUUCAUCAGGCUCUCUGCAAGACUGAUGCAGACCGGACACCUAAAUCUCCCCUUCUGCUUUUGUGUGGUGCAGUGUGGAUUCAAUGGGAGCGUGGAUCUUAAAUUCCUGGUGACAGCACAGAACACUGACAGCCACAUGCCCAACAGCAUCAGCACAGGCCACAGAGAUCAACGCAGCCUUCGGGGCACGGGCCACAGACAUCAAUACGAUUUUCAGUGGCAGUCCAUGGACACCAGCAUGGAUUCAGACGGCAGCGGGACCGUAGACAUCAGCAAGGUCUCCUCCAUCAGCAACACAGACUGCAGAUCUCAACACAGUGUCUGA